GGAGCCCUGGAGGCCAGGCCCGGCCGCUCCCGGCCCCCCGGGGGCACGUCAGCCCCGAGUCCUGUCCUCGCUGCCGGGCCCACCACCGCCGCCACCGUAGCUACCCAGGACAACGGGCCCCCCACCUUCCUCCCAGUCUCCCGCCCGCCUGUCUGGCUGCCUGGCUGAGUGGCCGCCAUGCGCCUGCCUUGGGCCGCCACUCCCCGCGGCCUGGCCUGGGGGCCACUAGUGCUGGGUGUCUGCGGGCUCCUGACAGCGUCCCAGCCGCUACUGGUGCCCCCCUACAGCUCCGAGAACCAGACCUGCAGGGACCAGGAAAAGGAGUACUACGAGCUCAGGCACCAGGUCUGCUGCUCCCGCUGCCCACCAGGCACCUACGCUUCAGCUAAGUGCAGCCGCAGCCGGGACACAGUUUGCACCACAUGCGCUGAAAAUUCCUACAAUGAGCACUGGAACUACCUCUCCUUCUGCCAGCUGUGCCGCCCCUGCGACCCUGUGAUGGGCCUCGAGGAGGUUGCACCUUGCACUAACAAGCAGAAAACCCAGUGCCGCUGCCAGCCUGGAAUGUUCUGCGCAGCUUGGGCCCUUGAGUGUACCCACUGCGAGCUACUUUCUGAUUGCCCACCUGGUACUGAAUCCGAGUUCAAAGAUACAGUUGGGGAAGCUAACAACAACUGUGUUCCCUGCAAGGCAGGCCACUUCCAGAACACCUCCUCCCCCAGCGCACGCUGCCAGCCCCACACCAGGUGUGAGGACCAGGGCCUGGUGGAGGCAGCUCCAGGCACCGCCCAGUCUGACAGAAGCUGCAGAAAUUCAUCAGAGCCACUGCCCCCCGAGAUGCCAGGAACCAUGCUGGUGCUGGCCAUCCUGCUGCCACUGGUCUCCUUCCUGAUCCUCGCCACCAUCCUCGCCUGCACCUGGAAGAGCCACCCCUCUCUCUGCAGAAAGCUGGGAUCACUGCUCAAGAGGAGGCCAGAGGGAGAGGAGUCAAUUAACAAUGAUGAAAGAUGGGAGCCUCCGAAGGCCAACUCGCCUUUUCCUGACCUGGUAAAGCCACUUCUGCCCAUGUCUGGAGACUUGUCCCCAGGCUCUGUUGGGCUUCCCAUGACCCCACCUUUGGAGGCAGAGGUGCAACAGCAGAAUCUCCUGGGCCAGACCAGGGAGCCAGAGAUGGAGUCCGGGGAGCAGGGCCAGGUGGCCCACGGUACCAACGGCAUUCAUGUCACUGGUGGGUAUAUGACUAUCACCGGCAACAUCUACAUCUACAACGGGCCAGUACUGGGGGGAGCACGGGGCCCUGGAGACCCCCCAGCUUCCCCAGAACCUCCAUACCCCAUUGCUGAAGAGGGUGACCCUGGCCCUCCUGGGCUCUCUACACCAUCCCAGGAAGAUGGCAAAGCUUGGCACCUGGCUGAGACAGAGCACUGGGGAGCCGCGCCCUCUAACGGGGGCCCAAGGAGCCAAUUUGUCACCCAUGACUGAUGGCAUCUGGGGAAAGGAAGGAGAAGGAAGACACAAGAACACCUUCUCCCCAGAGGCUUCCCUACCCACACAGGAUUCACAGGGGCCUGGGUAGGGCCCUGAGAGGCAGAGCCCUGAGGGACUGAACCUCAGACACGAGCCUCAGUCUGGAGAGCAGGGCUGGGCACUGGCUGGGUACAGUGUCCUCCACAGGACUCUCGCCACUGCCUGAGAAAGCCUGAGAACUGGUGGCAGACCCACCUGCCCACUGGACAGGACAGACGAUGCCAACUGCUGCCCACCAUGGCAUGCUGCACCUAAGCACAGCACUGAGGGAGCCACCACAUGGUCACCUGCAAGGACAUCACCGGGACCUCCAAAGUGGUCAUGGUGCUCAUCCCCAAGUUUCAGAGGCCCUUUGAGGGUCCACACUUCACAUGGACCAAGGUAGACCCUACCUGAAGACAAAGUUACAUGGAAGACACUCCUGCCCGCCCCUCCUAGAGGAGAGGAAAGGGAGUCGUUGGAAACUGCACUUUGGUAGCAUUACUAGGUGUGGGGGAGAGUUUUGGAAGGGGAGGAAAAUGGUGAGUGUAUUUAUAAAUUGUAACCACAUGCAAAUAAAGAGAAGAUUGAGACCCA